GACAGACAGACCGCCUCAAUAGGCAGGACUCGGGUAGGGAAAAGGGUGGGUCGGUAGAUAUGACGGUGUAAAACUCUGUACGGUGUGUUUUAACGCCCCACAUCAGGACUGCGCAACGCAAAUGAAUGGAGGCAGGAGGCACCUAGAAAAGUGUAAGAACUUGAUGAAAACUUACUUUAAAGAAGACACGACUCUGGCUUUAACAUGGAUUGGCCCGGUACCUUUGAGACAACUCUAUGGAAAACUGAUACAUAAUCGUUUUAUGGAGUUUGCGGCUAUAUUUUAACGAGCAACAGAUGCUUUAGAGGACGCAGAUCAUUCCCAGAUCAUUCCCAGAUCAUUCCCAGAUCCCACAGGAGAACUGGAGCUCUGUUUAGGAAACACAGGACCGACUCUGGGAUGUGAGCGUCAGGCUGGACUGGAUGUACUGGGAAUUCAGAGGGGAUCUUAAACUCCAAAAAGAUCUUUUAUUAUUAUUUAUUAUUAUUAUUAUUAUUAUUAUUUAAGCUGUGGAUGUUCUAGCAGAGUUGUAUUUCAGCCAUGGGGAAUUUGGAAAGUGUGGAUGGACAAUGUGAGAUGAAGCAUCACAUCAUGCCGUUAAAGGUGCCAAUGCCGGAGCCUGCUGAGCUGGAGGAGCGUUUUGCUCUAGUUCUGAACUCUAUGAACCUGCCUCCGGAUAAAGCACGCCUCCUCCGCCAGUAUGACAACGAGAAGAAAUGGGACCUUAUCUGUGAUCAGGAGCGCUUCCAAGUGAAGAACCCUCCACACACAUACAUUCAGAAACUGAGGGGCUUUUUAGAUCCAGGAGUCACACGCAAGAAAUUCCGCAGGCGGGUUCAGGAAUCCACCAAAGUUCUGAGGGAACUGGAGAUAUCGCUGAGGACCAAUCACAUCGGGUGGGUGCGUGAGUUCCUGAAUGAUGAGAACAGAGGACUGGACAUUCUGGUGGAAUACCUCUCCUUUGCCCAGUGCGCUGUCACGUUGGAUUUUGAUGGACUGGAGAAUGGCGAGGACUGCUCACUGGACAAAGCCAAGUCCUGGAGCAGGUCCAUUGAGGAUCUGCACCAGAAUGGUUUCAGUACACUGGUGCGCUCGGUGCGCCACUCGGUCCCUCGGCAUGGUUCGACAGCGAACAGCAAAACUAUCAAAAACUCCAGGAUUGUGAGUCAGAAGGAUGACGUGCACGUGUGCAUCAUGUGUCUCAGAGCAAUCAUGAACUAUCAGUACGGUUUUAACAUGGUCAUGUCCCACGCGCAUGCAGUUAAUGAAAUCGCCCUGAGCCUGAACAAUAAGAACUCGCGGACAAAAGCACUGGUCCUGGAGCUUCUGGCUGCCGUGUGUCUGGUGCGAGGGGGCCAUGAGAUCAUCCUUUCAGCGUUUGAUAACUUCAAAGAGGUGUGUAAGGAAAAGCACCGCUUUGAAAAGCUGAUGGAGUACUUCCGCUGUGAAGAUGGCAACAUCGACUUCAUGGUGGCCUGCAUGCAGUUCAUCAACAUCGUGGUCCAUUCUGUAGAAGACAUGAACUUCCGAGUGCAUCUGCAGUAUGAAUUCACUAAACUGGGUCUGGAUGAUUUCCUAGAGAAAUCCAAGCACACAGAGAGCGAUAAGCUGUCGGUGCAGAUCCAGGCCUACUUGGACAACGUGUUCGACGUUGGAGGACUGCUGGAGGACGCAGAGACGAAGAACGUGGCUCUUGAGAAAGUGGAGGAACUGGAAGAUCAGCUGUCUCAUGUAACUGAGAAGCUUCUAGAUGUGGAGAAUGAGACGGUGAUGAAAGUCGCUGAGCUUGAGAAGACACUCCUACAGAAAGACAAGGAUCUUGCUGCCAUUCGGGAGACGUAUGAAUCGACGAGUUCUCAGGUGCGCACGCUUCGGCGUGUGAUACAGGAGAAGGACGUCGCCUUCCAGAGGCACACUAACAUUGAAAAGCGGCUACUGGAGCUUGAGCAACAGGGGACUAUCCGCUUGAGGAAACAGCCUGACGGAGACAUUGCGAUCGAGGCUGUUGGAGGAGGAUCAGGACGGAGCGGUGGAGCUAUAGACAUUAUGACUGGAGCUCCUCUUGGGGAGCUGAGCUCCGGCAGCACAAACCUCAGUGUCAGUUUGCCUGCUGCUACUGUGGAAACAUCUGAACCACCUCCUCCACCACCUCCACCUCCACCACCUCCACCUCUACCCCCAGCAGCAGAGUGUCUACCACCUCCACCUCCACCUUUGGCUCCUCCACUUCCUGGAGCUUCACCCUCAGUCAUCCUCAGUGUUGGUUUAUCAGCCAUUCGCAUCAAGAAGCCCAUAAAGACCAAGUUCCGUCUUCCUAUAUUUAAUUGGACCGCUCUGAAGCCCAACCAGAUCAAUGGUACUGUCUUCAACGAUAUCGACGAUGAGCGCGUGCUUGAGGAGCUGGACCUGGAGAAGUUUGAAGAGCUCUUUAAGACUAAAGCCCAGGGACCUGUGGUUGAGCUGUCCUGUACAAAGAGCAAAACCUCCAGUAAGGCCAUGAACAAAGUUCAGCUGCUCGAUGCUAAUCGCUCCAAGAACCUGGCCAUCACAUUACGCAAGGCCAACAAGAGCACGGAGGAGAUCUGCCGAGCCAUCCAAACGUUUGAUCUCAAGGCCUUGCCGGUGGACUUUGUGGAGUGUCUGAUGCGCUUCCUGCCCACGGAGGCAGAGAAUAAGCUGCUGCGUCAGUACGAGAAGGAACGGCGACCUCUGGAGCAGCUGGCUGAGGAAGACCGUUUCAUGCUCCUCUUCAGUAAGAUCGAGCGCCUUACGCAAAGGAUGAGCAUCAUCACUUUUGUGGGGAACUUCAACGAUAACAUCAGCAUGCUGACCCCGCAACUUAACGCCAUCAUAGCUGCUUCAGCGUCUGUGAAGUCUUCUCCAAAGCUGAAGAGAAUGCUUGAGAUUAUUUUGGCCUUGGGUAACUACAUGAACAGUAGUAAAAGAGGCUCGGUGUAUGGUUUCAAGCUCCAAAGUUUGGAUCUGCUGCUGGACACAAAGUCUACUGAUCGCAAGAUGACGUUACUUCACUACAUCGCUUUGAUAGUGAAGGAGAAAUACCCCGAGCUUGCUAACUUCUACAACGAGUUGCACUUUGUGGAUAAAGCCGCAGCAGUGUCCCUGGAGAAUGUGCUACUGGAUGUGAAGGAGCUGGGAAAAGGAAUGGAGCUGAUCAGAAGAGAGUGCAGUCUGCAUGAUCACGCUGUCCUCAAGGGAUUCCUGCAGGCCAGCGACCUGCCACUGGACAAGCUGCAGAAAGACGCCAAGACUGCUGAGGAGGCUUUCAACACUGUGGUGAUGUACUUUGGCGAGAGUCCCAAGACAACUCCUCCGUCUGUGUUCUUCCCCGUGUUCGUGCGCUUCAUCAAGGCCUACAAAGAUGCAGUUGCAGAUAACGAACAGAGGAAGAAACAGGAGGAAGCUAUGAGGGAGAAACUGCUUGCUCAGGAGGCCAAACAGCAUGACCCCAAGGUGCAAGCUCAGAAGAAGAGGCAGCAGCAGCACGAGCUCAUCUCCGAGCUGAGACGGCGACAGGCCAAAGACCACCGUCCGGUCUACGAGGGUAAAGACGGAACAAUCGAGGACAUCAUCACAGCGUUGAAGAGUGUGCCGUUUACAGCGCGCACGGCCAAGCGGGGCUCACGCUUCUUCUGCGACACCAACCUGUAUGAUGAGUCCAACUGCUAGCCCCUUCCUAAGCUCCCUCUCAAAACCUGUCCCUAAUUCAGAAGAUCUCCGAAGCCAGCCGUUCCUGCGAGCUGACGCGGUGAUCCGAAACGGGUGGAAGCGACCCUAAAGACCCUCCCUGACCCCUAUCCACCCUGCGCUUAUCUCCCUGCACCUCACAGUGACGGAGCGUAGACCAGGACCAAAGCAAACGCCGUUUGUUUUAUAACUGAGCAGGCGAGUCCUUUAUUUAUUUAUGGAAAUCUCAUCCUUUUUGGAAAGAGGAGUCUCUCCCUGUCUCUCAGCAAGUCUACAAAAGCACAGACGUUUAAAAAGUUCCCACCCUUUCCUUUUACUCACACGUGUAUCCUAAAACACACGAAGCGCGCGUUUGUGUGGCCUUGUCGGGGUGAAAAAGAAAAGACAUUUCCUGGUGAGCGUGUGUGUGUGAGCGAGAGAGGACACACACACACACACACAGCCAGCACAACAUGGACCUCUACACACGUGCAAUCGAUAACCAAGGCUCUUACUGAUGAUGAGCGAUACGUCCGACACCAUCUACACAUCUCCACCUUUUUUUUUAUUUUUAAAUCCUCUUUGUUUCACAACAGCAUGAUUAUUAACAUCAGAUGGUGAAGUUCGACAGACCAAGUCUUAUUCCAGUUUGUUAAAGUGCCUUUUUUUCAUUGAGACAGUAUUAUUUCCUUUAAUAUUUACCCGAUACAUAUGAUAGACGUUUAAUUUUGUACUGAUCCUUUUUUUUUUUUUUUUUAUGUAUAACAUUAGAUCUUCUAUAAAUAGCCAGUUAUCUUGAAGUGCAGUACAUCGUCUUAUGGAUUUCAAGCAGACAGCUUUGCUUAUUGAGGACCUGUGUUAUUUUACCAGGCAUCUACGUGCCUUGCAUGCUUAAUACUAAGCUAACAUCAGUUCUGUCUGUAUGUAUAUACUGGUUUUAAUGACAUUUUCUUUUGUCUUAUGAAACCACUAAUGUGCUCCUGGAUUGAAGGCUGACAUGAAUUGAAGCUACAGGCUACAUGUUACACAUCCAGGUGGUUAUUUUUGUAAAAAAAAAAAAAAAAAAAAAAAGAAAGGAAAAAAAAGUGUUCUACAUAACGCAGGGGUGCCAAUAUUUAUAGUUUAGCCAUAGCAUGUAAUUUUUUAUUUUUUUUUUUUAAAUCUAAGAUGUCAGAGCUCAGAAAUCAUUCCAAAAUGUAUCGUUAAUUUGUUUUCCUUUUAGUUUUUUUUUUUUGUUGUUUUUUUUUUGCUAGCCAUCAUGGCACCUCUGUAUUGUGUAUCUUUGUGGAGAAAAACUCCUGCAUCAUGAAGUCUACACUGCAUUCCACUGCCGCUUCAUACCAAAGAAGAGAAGGAUUAGGAUUUCUUCCUAAACAGCAGUUAUCAGCAUUUAACUGGUUUGUAGGAGUUUUGACGAUCCUCUAUUUGGGCUUUAUUGUGAAGAUUAGGCUUCGGAUUUGCACUAGUCAGAACUAAUACACUACAUUCUGCCAUUAAGACGCAGGACAGAAAGAAGAAGAAGCAACACUAGACCUUGUGCUGUGGGUCUCUUACAGUAAAUAUUUAAUGUUUUUAUUUGUUUUUUUAUUUUUCAUACAGAAACUGUAUCAUGCUGAAUGUAUGACCUUUCUAUUAAGGAAAUGCAGCAUCCCUGUUAUCAGCUUUAGCCAUCCCACUUGUCAAAGGAAGCACAAAUAAAAGUCAGACGCUCCGGAA